CUCUCUCUCUUUCUUUCUUUUUUUUUCCUUAUAAUAAAAAUGAAUUCUAACAACAAAUAUAACAAUAAUUCAAGUGUAGAUAAAAAUGAAGCAAAACGAUGGCUUAUUAUAGGAGCAUAUCAAGCAGGAGCAUCGAAUAGAAGGAUAGCCAAAAUGUGCGGAAUUAGUCAACAAAGUGUUCGUCGUAUCAUUUUAAAUUUUAAAAGAACAGGCUCACCUAGUAUUCCUAAAAGCCCAACUAAACGAGAGAAAUCAAAACUGAUUAUUGAAUAUGAUGAACAUGGAAAUAUAAUUGAUAGUGAAGAUGAAGAACAAAAAGAUGAUUCUGAAGUGAUAUCUUCUUUAAAAGAAAAAAUAAGAGCAAGAAGGCCAUCAGCAAAAGAUUUAAUAACUUAUGUAUUAAAUAAAGCUCAAAAAAUGGAACAAAAGGAACAACGUGAAAAAAUAAUACCUUGUAACGAUAAUUGGCGUCCACCUACUCCACCACGUGAUAUUUCUUUGCAAAGAAACAGUAUACAACUUGAUCCCUUUGAAUCAUCAUCAACAAGAACUUCUACAUUUUCACCUCCUUUAAGUGAACCCUCAAAAUCACCUAAACAUAAGGAUGACAUGAUAAUUAAAGGAUUUGAAGCAUGGACAAUAGAAGAUGAUAGAAUACUAUUAACUCAUGUUUUAACAAGAUUAAGUAAAUGUCGAUGGAAAGAAGCUGAAGCCAAAUUAAAAGGAAGACAUAGUGCUGAACUUUGUGAGAAAAGGUGGGAAUUAUUAAGAAAUUUAUUAAUUCGUAGUACUCAAAAGUCAGGCACAAGAGGAUGGUAAACUCAAAUAUAAUACACAUAUAUAUAUGUAUAUGUAUAUAUUUGUACACACACACACACACACACACAC